CAUUUCUGGUACCCAUACAGAAAACAGAAAUGGCUGGCGUACUUUCAGGACGUGUAUGUAUUGUGACUGGAGCAUCCCGUGGGAUUGGAAAAGGAAUUGCCCUACAGCUUGGGGAAGCGGGUGCAACAGUGUACAUCACAGGACGCAACAAGGAGACCUUGCAGAAUGCAGCUCAGGAGGUGUCAUCUCGUGGUGGGAAGUGUAUUCCUGUUGUCUGUGACUCUUCCAAGGAAGAAGAAGUCAAGGCUCUGUUUGAGCAGGUUCAAGAAGAGCAAAAUGGACGGCUUGACAUUCUGGUGAACAAUGCUUAUGGAGGUGUUGAGGGGACACUAUGUUUGUUCAGUUUAUGCUGCUCGGAUGAUGGUAGAAGCCAGCCAUGGAUUGAUUGUAGUUAUCUCCUCUAUGGGUGGCUUAAUCUAUACCUUCAAUGUACCCUAUGGCGUUGGAAAAGCAGCGUGUGAUCGACUUGCUGCAGAUUGUGCAGUGGAACUUCGUAAGCAUGGUAUUGCAUAUGUUUCACUUUGGCCUGGGUUUGUACGCACUGAAACUGUAGUUGAGAAAGUGAUUAACGGAGAAGCACAGAAUGAAGAAGAAAAGAGGAUGCAGCAGGCUGCAGCUCAAGGAGAGACCCCAGAACUUAGUGGCAAGUGCAUUGUUGCUCUGGCUACAGAUCGUAACAUCAUGAAACUUAGUGGGAAAGUGCUCUUCACUUAUGACUUGGCACGGCGUUAUGGAUUUCAAGAUGUAGAUGGUCGUGCAGUUGCAAAUUACAGAUCCUUGAAAUUCAUUUUUAGCCAUAUACCAGGAAUGACUUGGCUUUCCAGAAUAAUCCCAGGAUUUCUUUCAGUCCCAAAAUGGGUCCUUGCUCUUGUGAGCAGCAAGUUUUGAACUUUGUGUCAUGCACUGUGGUGAAAGCACUUUCCUUCAAUUUUAGAAUGUGUUUGAAGAGAUCUUUUGCCAUUCCAAGAAAACGCAAGUUUGAAUUAAAUAUGUACACUAAUGA